AUGGACGAUGAUGCUACCGACUCAAGAAAAUACUCGCCCAGCCAAUCAAUCACCUCGUUGAUAACCAAGGCAUAUGGAGGGUCGAAUAUCCUUCUGUGGUCCAAUAGAAUCCAACACCGGGGUGAUUCAGCCGACAGACUAGAACUGGGUGUGUUUGCAAGCUCCCGAAGACAUCAGCUGGAGACGAUUCGCAAGGUCAAGGAUGCGACCGACGAAGAGCGUCUACCACAUAUGAGACGCCGACAAAUCCCCCCGCUGUCUCUAUCAGGCGCUGUUUCUUCCAUGGACCGGUCAAUAACACUCCACUGCGAUGGGUUGUACCGAUAUAGCCGCCGGGACUCCGCAAGUCCCCCUCGUGCCAUUGGCACCCGCCGCGAUAUCCAGAAACGUCGCCGGGACUCCGCAAGUCCCCCUCGUGGUUUGACGCAGUAA